AUGGUGGUCUACAAGCCGGCAUUUUACCGAUGCCAACUGCCUGAUGACCAUCCAGAAGACUCUAUCGUUUCCUGGCUCUCUCGUCAGUAUGAAAUCGAUCCUGAGUUGAUGAACGAGGAGUUGAACCCCGCGCUGAGUGGUGGAGGCGGCUUUGGUCCGAUGUGUCAUCGCCUUGAUAAGCAGACCAGUGGUCCUGUUCUCAUAGCUCGGAAGCUGGAGUCUUGGAAAUUCAUUCGACGUCAGUUCCAAAAAGAGCAAGUGACGAAGCGGUACGUAUGUCUAGUAGAUGGUAUAUGUGCCAAUGAUAGUGGCAUGAUCGACAGUCCCAUACGAGUGCGGAGGACUGAGAAACAUACUUCUGCGGAGAUCGGCUCGGGCCCAGCAAGCUCGUCAGCUCAUUCUGAAUACCGAGUCCUUGAGCGGUACGAAGAAGGCUGCACGUUAAUGUCAGUGCGAAUAACCACGGGUGUCACUCACCAGAUUAGAGUGCAUAUGGCUCAAGGUCUCGGACAUCCUAUAGUUGGCGAUAAGAAGUACACGCCGUCAGGUCGAGGAUCAGAGCUGCCCUGUGCGACAAGAAUGCCAGGCAGAGUAUUCCUCCACUGCUACGAGUUGGGCGUCAAACCCGAUAAAACGUCGGGCCAGAAGUUGACUACGAUCAAAUGCUCGUUGCCUACUGAGCUCAGGAACUUACUAUGGUCAUUGACUCCCAUCUCCACUUGUCCCUUGCCUGCCGACACCAGAGCAUUGCUGGCUGGGCUCAUGGGGCUACCAUCUGGCGCGGCGGCACAGCGAUGGCACGUACCAUACUCGAGUCUCGUAACACGGGUAGCUACAGAACUCGUGUCCGGUCGUGUACAAAGGGUCAAGGAUUGCAACUCAGACCCUGCGAUUCAGGAUGAACUGCGGCGACAUCUCCAAAUUUCAAGGUCGGCCAAGCUCUCGCCCGAGUGGUUCUUUGGGGUCCAUCCCGAGGUCUUCAAGAGGGAUCUGAAAAGCGUUGAGGGUAUUAUGGUGAGAGACACCAGCGAGAAGUUCAGCCUUCUCAAGCUACAGUACCCCAACGGCCCACGAGACUUGGAUGCUCUCAGAGCCACUCAAACCAGUUGGGGUCUUCGGAGAAAAGCCGAGGUCCAGCGGCAGACAGAAAACAACAUGCCGCGAGGUCCGCUCUAUCAUCGUCGUUUCUAUGCGACUAUGGCUUACAACGAUAGGCUCUCCUCCUUCGGUCGAGCUACCGAGCAGACCAUCUAA